AUGCGGAUGAAUCGAAGAAAACCGGCUACAAUUCGCAGACAUAGUGGGAUGUCAUUGACGUGUUCCACUUCAACUGAUCCAUCACAUCGAAACUCGACCGGAUCCAACUCAAGUCAAGGAUCGUCGGGAUUUGAAAGCAUGAAGUCAACUCCUGUUCUCCCUGCCACUACAACUCCAUCAUCUUCAUUUCUUCAAUCAAACACUCCACAAACAAGCACUCUAGACUCUCCACCGUCAAGAAUAUCAAUUCAUUCGAGUGGAAGUGGAGGAAGAACAAGUUCAGAUCGUCAACCGAGAUACUUGAAAAAGUUAUCGAUUCGAUCAUUGGGAAUUCUCGCUGGCGUUGGAUCGGAGAUUGUUCGACAAGCUCGUGUUCAUCAAUGUAAACGAGAAGACGAUGAUUUUCUUUUUCAGAACGCUUUAAGUAAAGACGAUGUAAACCUUUGUCAUGGAACUCCAUUGAAGGAUACUAUAGCUCGGGUUCUGAAAUCUGAAUGGAUAUAUGGAAUCGGUAUUAACUGCACAAAUCCAAAAUUUGUACCAAGAAUUGAUUUAACGAUUAGUUUA